AUGCCACUUCCUGCCAAGACUCAACUUUGACCCGCGCAGUGAAAGAGAGGAAGAAGAACAGGAAGUUGGACAGCAAACGUCAGCAGAGACCAACAUGGACGACUACAUCAGGAAAGAAGGACAACUUUACCUGCAACAACAACACACCUUUGGAAAGAAGUGGAAGAGCAUGUGGUGCGUGUUGUUUGGAGAAAGUUGGUGUUCCAUAUCUCGGCUGGAACUCUACGAGAGUAAAGAUGGCGGAGGCGUAGAGAAGAAGCAAAGAAGUGGACGCAAGCAGCAUGAGCUGAAGAAGGUCAUCCGCCUGUCCGACUGCAUCCGAGUGAGCGAGACGGAUGUGAACGCAUGUCCCAGAGACACGGCGUCUUUCCUGGUGGAGACAACAGACAAGACGUACGUCUUUGCAGCCCGCAGACAACAUGUGGACGAUUGGACGCUCCAGCUGUGUCAGACCGCCUUUCCUGGGAGCUGGGCGGAGCCUAGCAGGAGGCGUGGCAGCCUAAAGAAAAGAAGCGAAGAAGAAGAAGGGAUGGAGGACAACAUGUUGUAUAGCAGCCGCACAGACACAUUGAGGGAUUUCCGUGUGUGUGUAAGGAGGACAGACGCAGCAGAGCGCUGCAGCUUAAAGGGGGACGGCGUCCUGCGAGCCAGCUUGGAGGCGCUCCACCUGCUGGACAGUCGAGGAGUUGCUGUGUUGACAUGGCCGUACAGAUUUCUGCGCCGCUUUGGGCGGGACAAGAACACGUUCUCCUUUGAGGCGGGCCGGAGGUGUGAGUCAGGAGAGGGGAGUUUUGAGUUCGACACCAAAGAGGGCAAUUUCCUGUUCCAAGCGGUGGAGGCCGCCAUCAGCCUGCAGCGUGUCCGUCAUGCGUCUGGAGGCGGGCCGAUGAAUCUGGAACCUUCUCAGACCCCCGGCCCACCUCCUGGCAGCAGAGAUGACCCACAAUCCCUCGGGACUCAGGUGAACGUGGGUCUGGACCAGACCAUGAUGGGGGUCCACAAAUUGACCUUGGACGCUGACGGUAGCCUCAUCCCUAAAAAAAGGGUCCACGUGACGCCCGGCUAUCCUGUUGCCCUCGCUAUGAACCCUGGCCCCCGUCCCUCUGAGCCGUCGUCCGUGGGGCAGACAUACUCCCAGGUCUCAUUUCCCACCAAGUGGGACAAGACAAGUGCUGCGCGGGCGUGCGCGCCGCACCUCAAACAGGAUGGCGAGUAUUCCCUCCCGUUCCACGGUGUCUCCAAGAAGGCCACGGCAGACACUUUGAUCUCCCAAAAGGCUGAUGGUACAGAGAGGUUCUACGAGCAUGUGGGACAGUCACCAAUGGAAAGCAAAGACAUGACCACGGUCUACAGGAAUGAGGAUCACAUUUACGAUGAGCCGGAAAGCUGCGUAGCCCCGCCCUCUGAGUAUGAUGACCCUGAGGAGAUGAAAGGAGACGCCUGGAGGGUGAUGGCUGCCGCAGGUGACCAAGAAGGUCAUGACUAUGCUGUCCCCAAACCAAGCAAAAGGUCACUUCCUGUCGCCCGGCAGGAAAUAGAAGUGGACGACAGGAAGAUGUGACAGAAUG